CACAUUACAUUACGUCAUCUGAGACAGACCAGGAAACCAGUCAGUUCCUGUUGAGUUGUCAGUGAGAAGAGACCAGCGACAGACAGACGCUGCCUGAGAAAACUCCACAACUUACAUUACAUCAUCUGAACAGACCAGGAAACCAGUUAGUUCCUGUUGAGUUGUCAGUGAGAAGAGACACAGCGACAGACAGACGCUGCUCUCAGAGACAAAAUGGCUUCCAUGUCAGUGGAGGAUUUCUGCUGUUCGGUCUGUCUUUAUGUCUUUAGAGAUCCUGUUGUUCUGUCAUGUGGCCACAGCUUCUGUAAAGACUGUCUGAAGACCUGGUGGAGAGAGAAACAGGCACAGGAGUGUCCAGUUUGUAGGAAAAGAUCAGAAAGGCCAGAACCACCUCGUAACCUGGCGUUAAAGAAGCUGUGUGAGAGUUUCUUACAGCAGAGAGAUGAGAGAGCUUCAGAGGCUCUCUGCAGGCUCAAACUCUUCUGUCUGGACCAUCAGCAGCCAGUGUGUCUCGUCUGCAAAGAUUCAGAAACACACUGCAACCACAUAAUCAGACCCAUCGAUGAAGCUGCACAACAACACAAGAUGGAACUCCAAGAAACUCUGGAGCCCUUAAAGAAGAAGAUAAAGGUUUUUGAAGAAGUUAAAGAUGAGUGUGAUCAAACAGCAAAACACCUGAAGGUCCAGGCCCGACGCACAGAGACGCAGAUUAAGGAUCAGUUUAAGAAGCUUCGCCAGUUUCUAGAAGAGGAAGAGGAGGCCAGGAUGGCUGCACUGAGGGAGGAAGAGGAGCAGAAGAGUCAGAGGAUGAAGGAGAAGAUGGAGGCUCUGAGCAGAGAGCACCUGGGCAACCUGAGCUUCAACAUCUGGAACAAGAUGAAGGACAUGGUCUCCUACACUCCUCUGAUUCUGGACCCAAACACUGCUGGUCCAAGACUCAUCCUGUCUGAAGAUCUGACCAGUGUGAGAAGAGGAGAGAGACAGACGCUUCCUGAUAAUCCAGAGAGGAUUGAUUUUUCCCCCUCUGUCCUGGGCUCUGAGGGCUUUAACUCAGGGACUCACAGCUGGGAUAUCGAGGUUGGAGACAGUACAUUCUGGCUCCUUGGUGUGUUAGCAGAGUCUGUCCAGAGGAAGGGACGCAUAUGGUCUGGAUCAUGGACAAUAUAUUUCUGUGGAGGUAAAUACAGAACAUGGUCACCACCAGAUCCAGACACUGUUCUCCCAUUUGAGACGCAGCUCCAGAGGAUCAGAGUGACUCUGGACUGGAACAGAGGAAAGCUGUCGUUCUCUGAUCUUGAUACUAAGACACACAUACACACCUUCACACACACUUUCACUGAGAAGAUGUUUCCAUGGAUUCUCACUGAGGGUUUGAGUAAUCUGAAGAUAUCACCACUGAAGGUCUGUGUAACAAAACAACAGGUCUGAUAGAGUCUGAAAUAUUGAAUGAACUGAAUGAUAAAAUAAAUUCAAACUUUAUAUCGGCAGCAGCAAACAGUAACAGGAGUCAGCAGAUUAAAUAUGAAAUAAUAUAAACAGAAUAAUGGUUGUUAAUAUAAAGGGUAGUAAACUGAUUGCAGCGGUAAAGGAGAGACGGCUCAAUGAAACACAACAAAAGGUUUAAAAAAUCUAAAAUAUAUGUGUUUAUAAAGGUAAAUAUGGAUGUUUAGAUGAAACAUUAUUGUUGUUCUGAUCUGUAAAAGGUGUAAUAUACAAAACUGAGCUUUUUCCCAAGUUUCAGUUUUUUUUCAAUGUUUUUGUCGCCUUUUACAAGUUUUAUUUCCCAAACAUUUCUCCAAUGUUUUUAUUGCUUUUUUAAAAUCCAUGCAGACAUGU